AUGAACACCUGGAAACGUGGGAUUGCACGGCAGUCGAGAAGCAUAUGGUUGUUCCUGGUCUGCUGUACCAUUGGUGCCACCGUAUUCUACUGCUCAACGACGGUGCUCUACGGCUCUGCUGCCGGCAUCAGCUUUGUUCGCCUAUUCAAACCACACGCACAUCUGGAGGACGAGGUCGCGCUUGUGGUUGCCAGUCAAAAAGGGGACGAUACCGCAUGGCUUGAUGCCUUCUCGAAAUGGACACGAUCGAUCUAUGUCACCGAUGAUCCGACGGCGGCUCUCACGGUGCCGAUGAAUAAAGGCCGCGAAGGCAUGGUGUACCUCACCUACAUCAUCGAUAACUACGACCACCUCCCGUCGACUGUGAUAUUCACCCACUCUGAGAGAUAUCAGUGGCACAACGAUGACCCUCUAUACGACGGGCAGUCCGUCCUGGCAAGGUUGAACACGACCUACGUCCGCGAAGAAGGCUAUGUCAGCCUACGCUGUGGAUGGCAUUUGGGCUGUCCUGCAGCCAUCCGCCCUCUCGAGCAAGCAAAACUCCCUGCUCCGGCAUCGGAUCCAACUUCCGAACACGCAAAGGCUGGCAGCUUCUACAAAUCAGCGUUUGAGGAUAUGUUCCCAGACACACCGGUUCCAGACGCCAUUGGUGUUGGCUGCUGUGCGCAAUUCGCUGUCUCGGCAGACACUAUUCGGUCGAGGAGCGUGGAAGAUUAUCAGCGCUAUAGAGGCUGGCUUGUGAGGACUGAAUUGAAUGACGAUCUUAGUGGAAGGAUGAUGGAGUACUUGUGGCAUAUCAUUUUCGGAAAAGGACCAGUGCAUUGUCCGAGAGCCGAAGAUUGCUAUUGCAAAGUAUACGGAAUGUGCGACUUGCCGUGCGAAGACGACGGAGGAUGUAAGGCAGUGUACACUCUACCGCCGUUCUCCUCUCUUCCGGAAGGAUGGCCAGACGUCGACUGGACCGGUGAUUCGCGUAACUCCGACGAGUUGAGGCUCAAGUUCGACACGGAGUAUGGACCCAAUCUGUGA